AUGGCUCUCAAUCCCGCGCGGGCGUCCGUCUCGUCGGCCUCCAAGGCUCUGGCAAGAUGCACCCGGCCCCCACCAUCGUCGGUUGCCAGCUGUAUGGGCCUAUCUGCCCGCCAAAUGUCGACAGAGACGACACCGACAUCAACACCAACCACGGCCGAUAGCCAAUCAGCCUCCGGGGCCUCCUCCUCGGAACGUCGCCCGCGGUGGUCUUAUACCCCAGAACGAAUGAAGGGCCCCGGCUUUUCCAUCAACAUUGUCAAGAACCCCGCGCGCAAGAUAUGGCACGUAAACGAGGAUCCAGAAAAGGUCGAUGCCGUUUACAACCGGUUCCUGGGCAAGAACGGCGACAAGAUGUUGCCCGACGAGAUCAAGUGGCUGGCUGUAACACACAAGAGUUUCGACCAAGGAAGGAGAGGCUUCAACACGAGACUGGCCUACUAUGGUCGUCAAGUCCUCGCCCUAGAGACUACGCGAAGUAUCCUCGCAAAUCCGCUCCCUGGGGAUGCGGCCCAAGAAGCAAUCACCUUCUCUGACGAACAUGGCCGCGAGCCGUUCCAGCACCCUGCUCUCGCGAAUGUCGACAAGCUGUAUGCAAGACAACCCUGGGACGUAGUAAGCAUGGAAAAGAUUGCCAAACUCGCCUUUGAUGUUGGUCUGGGUGAAAUCACCCGGUGGAAACCCAAGAUGGUAUAG